CGUCCCGGUUUGGGGCGGGGCGGCGGCGGCGCGGCCAAUGGCGGGCGCGGCCCGGGGCGGGGCGGGCCGGGGCCUGCGCUGGGCCUGGCGCUGAGGGGCGCGGCCCCGGCGCCUCAGACAGCGCGGCUGCGGAGCGGGACUCGCCAUGUGCGGCAUCUUUGCUUACCUGAACUACCAUGUUCCCCGGACGAGGCGGGAGAUCCUGGAGACCCUCAUCAAGGGGCUGCAGCGCCUGGAGUACCGGGGCUAUGACUCUGCAGGUGUGGGACUGGACGGUGGAAAUGACAAAGACUGGGAAGCCAAUGCUUGCAAAAUCCACAUUAUCAAGCAGACGGGGAAAGUGAAGGCUCUGGAUGAAGAGGUUCACAAGCAACAGGACAUGGAUCUGGACAUCGAGUUUGACGUUCACCUGGGGAUCGCCCACACGCGCUGGGCCACGCACGGGGAGCCCAACCCUGUCAACACCCACCCGCAGCGCUCCGACAAGAACAAUGAGUUCAUCGUCAUCCACAACGGCAUCAUCACCAACUACAAGGACCUGCAGAAGUUCCUGGAGAGCAAGGGCUACGACUUCGAGUCGGAGACGGACACGGAGAGCAUCGUCAAGCUGGUCAAGUACAUGUACGACAACCGCGACAGCGACGACAUCAGCUUCUCCACGCUGGUGGAGAGAGUCAUCCAGCAGCUGGAAGGAGCUUUUGCCCUUGUGUUCAAGAGUGUUCAUUACCCUGGGCAGGCAGUUGGUACCAGGCGAGGCAGCCCCUUGCUGAUCGGCGUGCGCAGCGAGCACAAGCUCUCCACCGACCACAUCCCCAUCCUGUACCGCACAGCCGUACAAUCUAUGGAUCAUUCUUUUGAUGGAAUAUCCAUAAAAAUGGAGGAAGGGAAAGACAAGAAGGGAAGCUGCAACCUGUCCCGAGUGGACAGCACCACCUGCCUGUUCCCCGUGGAGGAGAAAGCUGUGGAAUAUUACUUUGCCUCUGAUGCCAGCGCUGUCAUCGAGCACACCAACCGUGUCAUUUUCCUGGAGGAUGAUGAUGUGGCGGCCGUGGUGGACGGGCGUCUGUCCAUCCACCGCGUCAAGCGCACGGCCGGAGACCACCCGGGCCGGGCUGUGCAGACCCUGCAGAUGGAGCUGCAGCAGAUCAUGAAGGGAAACUUCAGCUCAUUCAUGCAGAAGGAAAUAUUUGAACAGCCAGAAUCUGUUGUUAACACCAUGAGAGGAAGGGUCAACUUUGAUGACUACACUGUGAACCUGGGUGGGCUGAAGGAUCACAUAAAGGAGAUCCAGAGGUGUCGGCGUUUGAUCCUCAUCGCCUGUGGCACAAGUUACCACGCAGGAGUGGCAACCCGGCAGGUGCUGGAGGAGCUGACAGAGUUACCUGUGAUGGUGGAGCUGGCCAGUGACUUCCUGGACAGGAACACCCCCGUGUUCAGGGAUGAUGUCUGCUUCUUCCUCAGCCAGUCAGGGGAGACUGCAGACACCCUGAUGUGCCUUCGCUACUGCAAGGAGAGGGGAGCCCUGACCGUGGGCAUCACCAACACCGUGGGCAGCUCCAUCUCGCGCGAGACCGACUGCGGCGUGCACAUCAACGCCGGCCCCGAGAUCGGCGUGGCCAGCACCAAGGCCUACACCAGCCAGUUCGUGUCCCUGGUGAUGUUUGCCCUGAUGAUGUGUGACGACAGGAUCUCCAUGCAGGAGCGGCGCAAGGAGAUCAUGAGGGGGCUGAAGGGGCUGCCAGACUUGAUUAAAGAAGUGCUGAGCAUGGAUGAUGAGAUCCAGAAGCUGGCCACAGAGCUGUACCAUCAGAAAUCCGUCCUCAUCAUGGGACGUGGCUACCACUACGCCACGUGUCUGGAGGGAGCCUUGAAAAUUAAAGAAAUCACCUACAUGCACUCGGAAGGCAUCCUGGCCGGGGAGCUGAAGCACGGCCCCCUGGCCCUGGUGGACAAGCUGAUGCCUGUGAUCAUGAUCAUCAUGAGAGACCACACCUAUGCCAAGUGCCAGAACGCUCUCCAGCAGGUCAUUGCACGGCAGGGCCGGCCUGUGGUGAUCUGUGACAAGGAGGACAUCGAGACCAUCAAGAACAACAAGAGAACAAUCAAAGUUCCCCACUCAGUGGACUGUCUGCAGGGGAUCCUGAGCGUGAUCCCCCUCCAGCUGCUGGCCUUCCACCUGGCCGUGCUCAGGGGCUAUGAUGUUGAUUUUCCAAGAAAUCUGGCCAAGUCCGUAACUGUAGAGUGAAAGAUCAUCUGACUCAUAGGGGCAAAGGGGAAUUAAAUGAAAGACUUUUUUUGGUACCAAAAUAACUCCAUUUUAAAGCCCCCUAGGUAAAUCUUAUUUUGGUAAAUUGUUGUUUGUGUAUAAGAUCACCAUAAUUCCAUUACAUUAGUGAUUGUCCAAUCGAUUCCACAUGCUAUGUCAACAGCUCUGGGUUUUUUUGAUCAAUAGACUUCCAUGGAAGAUGUUAAAAGGUUUUCCUUAAAGAUUGCUGAGUCUUCUAGGUAAGAACUCCACUUUGCUGUGAGCUGGUGUCAUUGUCUCUGACCCAUUGUGGCUCAUUCCAGUCACUGAGCAGAAACCUCUGAAGGAAUUGGCAAAGCCCUGCCAUGCUCCCAGGCAGUGCAGCAGGACAGCAGAACACCCAGCUGCAGCAGCAGCUGCUCCUGCUCACGCCUGUGCAGAUAUUUGAGCAGUGAAUGAAGCUGCAGGCAAACCUUUGGGGUAAAUCCCUGCCUCAGGUGCAAAAGGGAACUCAGCUGAGCUCACCAGGGCCCUGCCAGGGAGGUGAUGCUGCUCCAGAAGGGUUUGAGCUGUGCCAAAAACAGAGCAAGUGACAAUCUCAGUGCUGUGGGACCCAGCUGGGGCCAGAGGAGUGACCAGAGCUCGCUCUGAGCUGCUGCUGCUGCUGCUGCUGGGUGUUUGGGGCUUUUUAAAACAAGUUCUCCUGUGCUGAGGAUUUUCCCCUUGAGCUGAGGGGCACUGUGAGCACACCUGAGUGACCCAGCUGUGCCUGAAGGGGAUAAAAAGGCUCCAUAAACACGACAGAAAUAAAUACCUUGGUAAUAUUUCUAUAACAAGCUUGAGGAGAAUCAAAAAUGACGCAGGAAAUAGAUCUUCAGGACUCAAAACCUGGCUUUUUCAGAGUCAUCAAAGGGCAGUUGUGAUGUAUUUCCUAAUGUGAAAAGGUGAAUUUCCUCCCAUCUUGCUGGGUUUUGAGUUAGCUUUACUCAGGCAGUGUAAAACCAUGCCACAAGGUAUAAAAGGGUGCUGGUGAAUAUCCCAGGUCAUUCACUGCCCCUGAAAAAUGGCUUCAGCAAAUGCAGUGCUUGGGGACUGCCCAGUGCCCUGUCAACCCCUGGCACAGGGGACCCAGAUUCCCAAAUUCUGUGGCCAUUCUGCUUUGUACAAACCCACAGGGACUAUUUUAUUUCACUUCAGUGUCAGCUGCAGGCUGAGUUUCAUGAUGAGAAUGAAAUGCUGCACACAGCCUCUCAAAGCCAGUGUAUGUGUUUAUUAAUCUGUCAUCUUCAGAUUUAAUUGAUGAACACAUUGUGCUGCCAGUGUCUGUUUAAGAACAAAGCAGGAAAUGCUGCAUUUUGGUAAAUUCAGCCAAUGCUGUGUGUGAGGCCUGGGACAGCUGUGCCCCUGCCUAAACCUGACCUGUAGCUCUUCCUGCUUCACUGGAGGAUGGUGAUUGUCCUGAAGGGGAAAACAAGGCUUGUGCAAUGCUCACAGGUGGGGGACAGCUCCUCCUCCUCUUCCUCCUCCUCCUCCUCCUCCUCCUCCUCCUCCUCCUCCUCCUCCUCCUCCCCCCCCCCCCCCCAGCAGCUUUGCUUUGGAGCCCUGUGCAGGGCUGGCUGCAGGCUGGGAUGUGCAGUGUCCAUCCUCUGUUCUCACAGCAGAUCCCACCUCAAACAGCCCCUCAGGGGAACGAUGGAAUUCCCUUUUCCUGCAGCUUUUACCCUGCCUUGCAGCGAGGGCAGGGGCAAACAGCCCCUGAACCCGAGCUGCUGCUCAGUCCAAGGCUGUCAGUGCAGGCUGUUUGUGAAAGUUGUGCACAAAGAGGACCAAAGAGCAGGAGUUUGAGUUAGAAAUGCCCAGUCUGGCAGUGGAGCUCGUGCUGGGUUUGUGCUGUGCCACACAAAUCCUCGUUGUUUGUAGCUGGAGGCACUGAUGGGCCAGGGGAGCAGGCAGGGCCAGCCCUGCUCCUGCCAGGAAACUCUGGAGUGUCCAACUCUGGAGUGUCCAACUCUGGAGUGUCCAACUCUGGAGUGUCCAGCUCUGCCUGAUCCAGGGCUGCUGCCCUCAGGGAGCCUGAGGGAUGCUGAGGGCUCAGCCUCAGGAUGCUCUGGAGCUCACCUGAAUGAAGAAUUCCUCUGCUGAGCGUGGCAGGGAACCUGUUCAGCAUCUCCUUGUUGUUGUUGUUGUUGUUGUUGUUGCCAUGCAGUGUGAAGUAAGAAUGUACAAAGGACUCUUUUUAGCUUUCCUUACCUCAUUUUGUCCAGGUGUUGCAUUUCCAUGAACAGAUGAUGUUUCUCUUUUCCUUAGAAAACUCUUAGGAUGUCUCGUGGUAUUUAUUAACAGCCAGUCAGUCUUCUGCUCUCCCAAAUGAAUGUUUUGCUUACUGAGCCAGUGAAAUUCUCUCCUUCCUCACUGAGGUGUUGAAAAAUUCAGUAGCCCUUUCUCUAAAACUGAGCCACAGGUAAAUACAAAAUACAGAUCAAGGCCUUUUCCAUCUGGAAUAGCAGCUUCUAUUCCUGCCUGCUUUGGUUCAUUUGGUGUAACUUCCUCACCUGCAGAGGCUCAGAGGGGAGCCCUGAGCUCUUGGGGGGGUUUGAAUCACCAAAUUAAAUUUAAUUACCAAAUUUAAUUACCAAAGAGCCAGCUCAGCACUCGUUUCUGCCCAGACAGAUUCCACACACAUGGAAAUUGAGCUGCACAUGGAAUUUGCUGCAGACAGAAAGGGUUUUUCCCCCAGAUUUGUCACCAGAGCCCAUCAGUGCCUGGGCAGGGCCAUCUCCUGGGUGAGGUGGGGACCCCCUGUGCUGAGAGAGCCAAAACUCACCCAGAGCAUUUCCCAGCCCCGUGGGAUGGAGCUCGUGGGCAUCACAGAACCCCCAGCCUGGAGCCCUGAGCCCAGCCCAGACACAGAGGGGUGCUGGAGCUGCAGAGUGAAGCCUUUAAAGGCACAAAUCAAAGCCAGAGCAGAGCAGAAGUGGCCCUUUCCUCACCCUGGCUGUCCCCAGGAGCCCCUGAUGCCACAAGAAAGGUGCCUGUGAUGGAUGGAGGGGCUGGAGCAGCUUCAGUAGCACAUUGGUGUUUAGCUGUGGCUGAUUUUAGAUCCUACCUGAAUGUACCAAACUUGCCUCAAAGCAGGACUCCCUUCUCUUCACCAGGAGCAGGAAGAAGAAACAGAAGUAUUUGGGUUGAAAAAAAACAAAAAACAAAACAAAAAAACAAAAAAAAAAAAAAAGGAAAGAAAACUCUUUGCCUUCAAUUCAGUUUCUGUAAAUAGACAUUUGAGUGGCAAACCCACAUUUCCUCCCUUGUAGAUUCUCUGCUGUAAAUAUCCAGCUGGCUUGGGUUCUGGGGACCAGACUGUACCGUGUUUUGUUGUGUGCUGUAUGCAGAAGAUGUCUUACUCUGUCUGUUCUAUAAUUUGGGUUUUGUCUCUUUGCUUACCUUUUUUGUAUCUCACCCUUUGAAUAAAAUCAAGUGCCCUACAUGAAACAAA